GUGUUUUAGGACCAAUAACAACCGGUUGAGUCACGACUUUAGUUACUCGUUACCCUGUUUAACCUCCUGUUUGACUUUGAAAGCAUUGAAUAAAACGAUUCUUUUUCUACAAUAGAAAACCCCAUUAUGAUUUCCAACAGAAACUCCAAUUCCACAGUGAGCAUGUCAAUGUAAAUUUGUUUCUCGUAUUUGGGUUUGUUUUGUUUUUUCAAGCGUAUCCUUUGUCUAUCUUGGUUUUGGACUUUGCACACCAACUGUUCGAGGAUUUGGCUCAAAAAAGCAGUGUCUUUUUAUAUUACUUGAGAAUGAAAACAAGAUCCAUAUUAAGGUUGUCAUCUUCAACAAUUUCAUGUAAAAAGUCUGAUUCUAUGUUUGUUUCAGUGAGGCAGAUAUCAACUGGAGGAAAGAGGCCAAAGAAGAAAAUAUACCACAGAGACUAUCAACUUGACAAAGUCAUGGACUUGCAAAAGAAACCAUCUUUAAUUCUGCAGUUGAAGUCCAUUAUCCAAUCCCAAAACCAACAAUGCCUCCUUCUGCGCGACCUUGAAAAGGAAGUUGGGUUUGUGGCAAAGUGGAACUUCAUGUCAAUCAUUGAGAAGUACCCUUCAAUAUUCCAUGCUGGUGGUGGUAGUGGAAAACAACUCCCUUUUGUUACGCUCACUCGAAAAGCCGAAAAGAUUGCAAGUGAAGAGCGUGAAGCAAGGGUUUUAAUGGAAUCUAUUUUGGUCAAGAAUCUGAGGAAGUUGUUAAUGCUGUCCAUUGAUUGUAGGGUGCCAUUGGAAAAGGUUGAAUUCAUCGGAAGUGAACUUGGUUUGCCUAAGGAUUUUAAGAAGUCGUUGAUUUGGAAGUAUCCUGAAUAUUUUUCAAUAAAAGAUGUCAAUGGUAGAGCUUAUCUUAACUUGGAGAACUGGGAUUCUUCGCUGGCAGUGACUGCUCGUGAGGAGAGAUUCGCACGUGAAGGGGUGUUGGCAUCAGCUGGGGGUCUAAAGAAGGUUAGGAUCAUGAAAGAUGGUAACUAUCUAGGUCCAUUUGCAUUUAAAAUGUGUUUUGCUGCUGGUUUUAGACCGAAUAAGAGUUAUCUUGAGGAGCUUCAGAGGUGGCAGAAAAUGGAAUUCCCUUCUCCAUACUUGAAUGCGAGGAGAUUUGAUGUUGCUGAUCCGAAAGCUCGGAAAAGAGUGGUGGCUGUGCUUCAUGAACUCCUCAGUUUGACUAUGGAGAAGCGGAUGACAUCUGCACAAUUGGAUGCAUUUCAUUCAGAGUACCUGUUACCCUCUAAAUUAGUGCUCUGUUUGAUAAAGCAUCAUGGUAUCUUUUACAUUACAAAUAAAGGUGCGAGGAGCACAGUUUUCCUUAAAGAAGCUUAUGAUGGUACAAGAUUGGUAGAUAAAUGUCCUAUGUUGAUGUUUAAUGAUAAGUUUGUUACACUUAGUGGUAGAAAUGAGAUCAGUUCAUUUAACAGUGUGAAUUCUUCACAAGUUGUUACAUGAAAUUUGUGGCUCCAUUAACAAUAAUGAAAAAGGGUUACUGACAAAGUAGUUCAUGUGAAA